UAAGAUAAAUAUGCUUUUCAAAUAUUGCCCGCCAAAUCAUGACUAGACUGUCAAUUGUCUAGAAGCUCGCCAGCUAAAGUAUUAUGUUUUCGCUAGCCGCGAGUGAUUUAAUCGAGUCGACUUUCGUGAUCCGCCUCCUGCCCUGUUUUGGGACUACGUGCAUUGUAGAAUCAUUCUAUCGCAUGAUGCGAUAGUAUUUUCAAGGAAUAUAUACGGUUCUAGAAGAGAUUACAGUGUAGUAGUCACUCACUGCACUAAACUUACAACGGACGUUUGCUGUGAUUGGCAGUCAUCGUCACCUGAUUUUGACAUAGCGAAUUAUUCGGUAUGUUCCGAUCUCUCUGCUCCGCAUGCAACGAAAUAUGUAUUUCUUCUCUGUUAUCUUUGUUUGUAACACAUUUUAAAGAAAGAAAAUAUUAUUCUAGGGUUUUUAAUUGUUGGGGUUGCCAGUUGCCAGUGCCGUUUAAUCCUCGCACGUUGUGUUGCACGUUGCACCAUUUUGUUUGUUUGUUGAUAUUUUGAUUUUGUCUUUUUGAGUUUCUCUUUCGUCACCGCUUUCGUUAUUAUAUUAAUUAUUGUUGUUAUUAGUGUUAUAAGAGUUAUUAUUAUUAGUGUUAAUUAUUAGUUUAGUGUAUAUAUAGUUAGUCUGUUAGUUCAUUUAGUAUUAGUUAUUGUUAAUUUUUGUUAUUUAAUUUGUUAUAUUUUUUGUUAUAUUAUUAUAAAUUAUUAUUAAAAAUGAGGGUCCAAGCGGUGCAUUGGGAGAUGUUGCUCUCCUUUUGCGAGGAGAAUCCCCAAUUAAUCACUAAUAAAUUUAAUAGUAGCGAGGGACGAGCUAAGGCGGUAGCUAUGUGGCAAACCAUUGCCAACAGAUUAAACAGUUUGGGAUAUGGCGAGAAAAGCGUAGAGGGGUGGAGAAAGACACUAACAGACUGGAAGUCAAAGACAAAAGCCAAGGCAGCUACACUAAGAAGGGAUCAAGGGCAGACAGGUGGCGGUUCCCCUCAUUUACCUCCUCUAUCCCCAUUAGAGGAGAGGAUAUUAAGUUUAAUGGGGGUCACAGCUUUCAUGGGAAAUGAAACUGUACCAGAAUUAGGUUUUGGAGAGGUUGAAGUCCAACAUGUGGAGAUAAGUGAUAGAGAGACACCAAAAAGUUCUAUGGUGGUGGAACAUGAUUACUCUGAUGAGAACCAAGUGGACGAAAACGAUGAACCAUGCACUUCACAUGGCCAUUCAUCACAAGGGAUAGGAAAGAGAGGAACAAAAAGAAAAUUAGAGUAUGGCAGUGGGAAAGGAAAAUCUAAAUCCAAAGGCAGGAUGCAUCUGAAUGUUCCUGCCUCAUCUGGGUUAUUACAAUUAAGCAGAGAGUCUGUGAAUGUAUUAAAGGGCAUACAAAAAAAUACAGAUAGAAUAGCAACGUCACUUGAGACACUUAUUUCACAAAAUUUUACAUGUAAAUGUAAUGCACAAACUUGUAAAAACAAUAAAUAGUAUUUACUUA